GUAAUUGGAGCAAAAAAAUAAUUUUUUUUUAGUGUUUGUGCGUGCAUCGAAAAGAACCAAAGAUGGCAUAUAAUCUUCGUUCGCGGCCGUUUCGCGAGAUCCUCGUUGAUACUGAGGACGAAGUUUCCCAGGAGGGGGAAUUAUCUGACGUAAAAUCUGACAACGUGUCAGAAGAAUCGAACGAAAAUUCUGACGCAAUAAGCAGCGAGUCAGAAUACGAAGACGCUGAACCCGAAGAAAGUGAAAGUCGCGCACGUGGUCGCCCAAGCAAAGUGCGCGGGAAAAAUGGCUUUGAGUGGAACAGUAAGGCGCCGUCGAGGAGAUCUGACCGUGUGAAUGCUCCUAUUUUUGAAUAUGGCCCAUCGGGAGCUGCUACCAAUUGUACAAGUAUGGCAGAAUAUUGGCAGGUACUUUUUACCAAUGAAAUGAUAAAUAUGAUUGUGGAGCACACGAAUGACAAAAUUGAAGAUGUGUGCUCGAAAAUGAUAUCGCAAAAUCAGAACAUUCAAACUUACCAUCAUAUUACCGAUGAAGUAGAAAUAAAAGCAUUUAUUGGACUUUUAUACUAUUCUGGCGCAUGGAAGUCUUCAAACGUAAAUUUGAAAUAUCUAUGGGAUUCGUCAAAAAGUCAGACGAUGUAUAGAUGCGUCAUGCCGUACAGGAGAUUCGAAUUUUUACUUGCGUGCAUUCGUUUUGAUAAGAAAGAAUCACGUGAUGCAAAUGAUCAUUUUGCACCGAUUCGAAACUUGUGGGACAAAUUCAUGGCAAAUUGCGAAAGCAAUUACACGCCAAGUUCGAAAUGUACAGUCGAUGAGCAACUGCUCGGCUUUAGGGGGCGCUGUCGUUUUCGGAUGUACAUAAAAUCUAAGCCUGAUAAAUACGGAAUUAAAAUCGUCACCCUCAAUGAUGCACAAACUUGUUAUUUGAUCAUUGGAGUUCCGUAUUUAAGAAAAACCUCGGUAAAUGAUGAAUCCAUUUGCGAAUAUUUUUUUCGCGAGGUCACAAAACCGAUUCAUGGCACUGGGCGAACGGUUACAUGUAACAAUUGGUUCACAACGAUACCGUUACUUAUGCGAAUGUUGGAACCGGAAUUUAAUCUCACGAUGACCGGAACAAUAAGGAAAAAUAAAAGAGAAAUCCCCGAAGUCAUGAAAACAGCAUCUAAAAAUCCACCAGCUUCAAACUUUUGUUUCACAAACAGCAUCACCUUGGUCAGUCAUACUUCCAAAAAACACAAGCUUGUUUUAUUGGUUUCAUCGUACAUUCAUACAGAGAACAUAGUAAAUAAUAAACCUGAAAUAAUUCUGCAUUAUAAUGACACCAAAGGAGGGACCGACUCUUUUGACCAGCUGUGCCACACGUACACCGUGUCGCGAAGGACGCUCCGUUGGUCAAUGCGGAUUUUUUUCGGGAUGCUGGACCAAGCGGCUGUCAACGCCAGAAUUAUGCUGAACUGCACCCAACUAAAAGAAGGACAGAAGCCAGCAAAAGCCUUUCAGUGCUUGGAGUCGCUGUUUAAGCAUUUGCUCUUUCCAUACCUUACACAAAGAUACACAAAUAGAUCGCUGCGAAAGCCUAUCAUAUUAGGUAUUCAAGAAAUAUUGAAAAUAGAUCGACUUUCCGAACCUGAACAGACGCAGCGUCCACAGUUGGAUAAGCGUGUUACACAGAUCAUUUUAGACGCUGGGGUCACAAAGACCCCGUAUGCGCUUUAUGAAAUUCUGAGGUACGUGUGCGCCUUAAGGGAUAAUAAUAAUUAA